GGAUCAGAGAGAAGCGAGGUUCUCGUUCUGAGGGACAGGCUUGAGAUCGGCUGAAGAGAGCGGGCCCGGGCUCUGUGAGGAGGCAAGGGAGGUGAGAACCUUGCUCUCAGAGGGUGACUGAAGUCAACACAGGGAGCCCCUCUUUUCUACAGACACAGUGAGUCACAGGAUCUGACAAGAGUCCAGGAGCUCCAGAGACUGUGAGGUGAAGCCUUGGUCUAAGGCGGUGUUUUCAGGUCACAGAGCAGAGAGGGCCCAGACAGUGCCAGUAGUCAAGGUUAUCAGGGGACAGGGAGACCAAGAGGUCAAGAGCUGUGGGACACCACAGAGCAGCACUGAAAGAGAAGACCUGCCUGUGGGUCCCCAUCGCUCAACUCCUGCCCACUCUCCCACCUGCUACCCUGAUCAGAGUCAUCAUGCCUCGAGCUCCAAAGCGUCAGCGCUGCAUGCCUGAAGAAGACCUUCAAUCCCAAAGUGAGACACAGGGCCUCGAGGGUGCACAGGCUCCCCCAGCAGUGGAGGAGGAUGCUUCAUCAUCCACUUCCACCAGCUCCUCUUUUCCAUCCUCUUUUCCCUCCUCCUCCUCUUCCUCCUCCUCCUCCUCCUGCUAUCCUCUAAUACCAAGCACCCCAGAAGAGGUUUCUGCUGAUGAAGGGACACCAAAUCCUCCCCAGAGUGCUCAGAUAGCCUGCUCCUCUCCCUCAGUCAUUGCCUCCCUUCCAUUAGACCAAUCUGAUGAGGGCUUCGGCAGCCAAAAGGAGGAGAGUCCAAGCACCCUACAGGCCCUGCCAGACAAUGAGUCUUUACCCAGAAGUGAGAUAGAUGAAAAGGUGACUGAUUUGGUGGAGUUCCUGCUCUCCAAGUAUCAAACGAAGGAGCCGAUCACAAAGGCAGAAAUACUAGAGAGUGUCAUAAAAAAUUAUGAAGAACACUUCCCCGUGAUGUUCAGUGAAGCCUCCGAGUGCAUGUUGCUGGUCUUUGGCAUUGAUGUAAAGGAAUUGGACCCCACUGGCCACUCCUUUGUCCUUGUCACCUCCCUGGGCCUCACCUAUGAUGGGAUGCUGAGUGAUGUCCAGAGCAUGCCCAAGACUGGCAUUCUCAUACUUAUCCUAAGCAUAAUCUUCAUAGAGGGCUACUGCACCCCUGAGGAGGUCAUCUGGGAAGCACUGAAUAUGAUGGGACUGUAUGAUGGGAUGGAGCACUUCAUUUAUGGGGAGCCCAGGAAGCUGCUCACCCAAGAUUGGGUGCAGGAAAACUACCUGGAAUACCGGCAGGUGCCUGGCAGUGAUCCUGCACGGUAUGAGUUCCUGUGGGGUCCAAGGGCCCAUGCUGAAAUUAGGAAGAUGAGUCUCCUGAAAUUUUUGGCCAAGGUAAAUGGGAGUGAUCCCAGAUCCUUCCCACUGUGGUAUGAGGAGGCUUUGAAAGAUGAGGAAGAGAGAGCCCAGGCUAGAAUUGCCACCACAGAUGAUACUACUGCCAUGGCCAGUGCAAGUUCUAGUACUACAGGCAGCUUCUCCUACCCUGAAUAAAGUAAGACAGAUUCUUCACUGUGUUUUAAAAGGCACGUCAAAUACCACAUGAUCUCACUCAUAUGUGGAAU